AUGAUAACUCCAGCUUUUGAGCUGACCCAGGAUCCAGAUUUCCUUACAAUAACAGUCAAAGUACCUUAUGCCAGAGCUUCAGAGUUUGAUGUGUAUUUUGAAGGAGAAGACUUUAAAUUUUAUGCUAAGCCAUACUUUCUCAGGUUGACACUUCCUGGAAGAACUGUAGAAGAUGGCAGAGAAAGAGCAUGCUAUAAUACAGAUGAAGGAACUUUCACGUUUCGGUUACCGAAGGAGACUCCUGGCCAAUAUUUUGAGGGACUGGACAUGCUGACAUCUCUUUUAGCACCAAAGAAAUCAAGAUCAGCGAAACCUUUGGUAGAAGAAAUAGGUAUUGCCUCUUCUAAGUCUGAAGAGGAGGAAGAAGAAUUUGACUGGGAAGUAGAGCAAACACCUUACGAAGAAAGUGCAGAAAGCACUCUACCACUGCAAUACCGUUACGGAUUUGGGAAUUUGCGGUCAGGGGUGUUCCAGCGGCUGCAG